AUGACAAAUGAGGUCAAAACAAGUACAAAUGAGUUCAAAACAAGUACAAGUGAGUUCAAAAAAGAGCUUCAGUUUCAGCUUUCUAGCUUCAGUUUUAGCUCGUCAGUCAGACAGCCUCAGCUUCAGCUCGUCAAUCAGACAGCUUCAGUUUCAGCUCGCCAGCCUCAGUUUCAGCUCGUCAAUCAGACAGCUUCAGUUUUAGCUGGUCAGUCAGACAGCCUCAGUUUCAGCUCGUCAAUCAGACAGCUUCAGUUUCAGCAUCAGUUUCAUCUCGUCUUUCAGACACCUUCAGUUUUAAGCUCGUCGAUCUGA